AAUCUGAGUGGCGAGGGUGACAAAGGUCCUCUGAUAAGAGGAGUGUGUUUGAUCGCUCAACACUUAUCCAGAUUCAAAAAAAAAUCGCCAGUUUCACAGAGUCUAUCUACGUCUACAGGAUGGCUUCUCAAACUUGUCGAGGGAGGUUUAUUUUGCUCAAAUUUACUCAGGGCGAGAAGCCCUGAUCUACGAGUCUGCGAUGAUGGAAAUCUAAAAAUUACGAAGCUUAAAGCGUUCGAAAGUUUUGGCAACGAGUUGGAGAACGUGUAAGUCGAAGGAUUCCAUCGUAAUGCGAAAGAAAUUUUAAUCCUUUGUGCUCGACUGUUCCUCGCACGUCGUACUUAAAUUUAGCUAACAGUUGAAAUUAUAAAUUUUUUUUUGACAUGAACGAUGAACGUUGGUAUGGUGUUGUAUGAUGAUAGCAUGAUAGAUAUAUAACGAUGUAAAAGCAGUGAUGAAAUUUCAAGAGAGAAAAUUCUGGUGGAUAGAGCACAGUCGGUGAAGUCAGUCGAGUCACUCAUCAAAUUAUUAUUCGAAUAAUUCACAUGGACCUCUUAUUGCAUCUUACGAAAGUUUAUGAAGUGGCGAAGGAAACUUUUCAGAAAAUUGAAAUUACGUAUCAUUAACUUCUACAUACUAUGCUUGAUGAUUGCUUUAAACGAAGUCGCAUGCCAGAGACGUAUAAUCAACAAAAUUUCGUGCUAAAUACCAUACAAACAGGAUGAUUAUUUCCAAUGCCAUGUAUCAUUUUAUUUGAAGUGAUACUUCACUCAUUAUUUCGUAAAUAAAUUGCUGAUAAUAAUGAUACGGAAAAUAAUGUAUCCAAGGACAAAGAGUUAAUACUAAUAGAGUGCAGACAAACAUGAGAAAAAAAAAAAGAUGAUAAAAUAUUCGCGACGUUAUCAGUCCUUUCUUACAAAAGAUAAAUAUGUAGAUGAAUAAAUGUGAUCGUGACGAAACAAAUAGUCCUUUAAUAUUUCAUUCUUCCGCAACGCUCUUCCGCCACAGUUAAUAACACUAUUUCCAAAUGGAAUAUUUAACUAGAUGCCAGAGCGUGUUAAUGGUUCUGUGACGUAUGAAGCUGAUAACGCGAAUAAAAUAGCUGAGAUAAGUUAUCAAGUCAUAUUAAGUUGAACGAAAGAUUGAACAGAUAUCGAUUUUAACGGUUCGAUCUUGCUGUCGGCCGUGUAGAAUACAUGGAGUACAUAUAUAUAUAUAUAUAU